AUGGCCGCCACAGCCAGGAGACACCGGGUCCGCGACUUUAACCACUUCAUCACGUGCUACCUGUGCCGCGGCUACCUGAUCAAGCCCACCACAGUCACCGAGUGCCUGCACACCUUCUGCAAGAGCUGUAUCGUUCAACACUUUGAGGAGUGUAACGACUGUCCUGAGUGUGGCAUCCAGGUGCACGAGACCAACCCCCUGGAGAUGCUGAGGUUGGACAACACUCUGGAGGAGAUCAUCUUUAAGCUGGUCCCAGGCCUCAGAGAGAAGGAGGAGCAGCAGGAGCUGGACUUCUGGAACAAACACCGACCUCUGGAGGAAGGACCAGCCGACAGCCCCAAGCUUCCGGAGCCGUUGGGAGGAGCAGGAGGAGCAGAAGGAGGAGCAGAAGAGGAGGAGCAUCAGCAGGAGCAGGACUUCCACCGCAGUGACCCUCAGAUCGCCAUCUGUCUGGACUGUCUGCACAACGCAGGACAGAACUGGGACGACUCGUCGGUCACGGACCUGAUGAAGAGGUUCAUCCGUUGCUCCAGCAGAGUCACUGUGGGAACCAUCAAGAAGUUUCUGAGUCUCAAACUGCAGCUGCCCAGCUCCAAAGAGUUGGACGUGUUGUGUAACGGUGAGAUCAUGGGUCGAGAUCACACUCUGGAGUUCAUCUACAUGACGCGCUGGAGGCUGAAGGGAGACAACACGUACCCCAUGGUCCUCGAGUACAGGCCCCGGAUCGACUUCGGUUGA